AAAUAGGAAAAUCAACGUUUGUCAACAAUCAACAUGUUUUGCAUGCAAAGUAUGCAUGCAUUCUAUGAAAAAUAAAACUCCUAAUACGUUUUCUUCGCUGUUAACGAAUCCGUGAGAAAUUUUCGUGUGAAUGUGUGUGUUUGUUUUCAUAGAUAGAUCACAACGUGGUUAACUAGUAAGUAAACGGAUAAAAGAUUCGCUUCAUCUGUUUCACGGUCAUCAUACAACGAGAUAUACAGAAUAACACAAUAAUAUUUUCACUAUCUUCUUUUUGUUUCAAAUAGAAAAAAAUCCGAAAAACACUUGUACAUCCUGAAAGGUAACUAAAUAGGAAAAUCAACGUGCUGUUAUCUCAUUUGAAGAACUGUGUUCACUAUGUACAAGUUAAACAUUUUAUUGGUCGCUCUGGUGGCUCAAGCAUACUUCUGUAUUGUUGUAGUUGAAGCGGUAAUAAAAGGCACGAAUGGAUUGGGUACAACUCCAGCUCAGCGUCACCAAGUUACUAGUGCACAAGCAAAGAAAAUUCUUAAUGCAGCAGAGAAAAAAGCAGAAAAUAUCGGUGUACCAAUGAAUAUUGCCGUCGUUGAUUCAUCAUCGAACUUGCCUGGUGGAUCUCUCUAUGGUAUUGAAGAAACAAAUGGAGGUCUAAUUGCAUUUGGUGGUGGUUUACCGAUUCGUGUACAUGGUAUUCUUAUUGGAGCAGUAGGAGUGUCUGGUGGUAGUGUUGAGCAAGAUGUUACAGUAGCUACAGCCGGUGCAAGUGCAUUGUAA